CCACAACACCUCACCUGAUGUGGGCCUCACAAGCGAGAUACUUCCGCCUUUCUGCGAGUUGCUCGCUAGAACCGCCGGCAAAAGGCUCGAUGUCGCCAGACGCUUGUCUUUCCUCCCUGACGGAGUGCUUCGACGGCCCUCGAGGAUACACUAUUCUCUUCUCUUAUCACACGCGGAGGAGUCGCAUCCAUAAGGAUCCGUACGCUUCUGCAAGUCGCGUAAGCGUAGUCGCGUUAUCAGUACUACGACUAGGGCCCUCCAUGAAGCAAGCGGAAGACCAAUGCCCACAGAGCGACGUCGAUAAUGCUAGAGAUACUAUCGCUAGGAGCGACAUCGGGAAUCGCGUCGAAGAGUUGCUAUUCUCUUAUCCUCGUCCUACGUCAAUCCAUGACGACAUAGGACCUUCGCAAGGGCUUAUAUCUAGAUCCGCAUCGGUUCCUAGGACGGUCCGCAAUAUAGUCGAGUCGACUGACCGACAGAUACUGUUACAAUCAGAGUCAUCCCUCCCGCCAUCCAUGUCCUUAUCCGCCCUUGUAAAUACUACCUCUACAAGCAGCACUUCCCUGAUUCUCCGCUCGCUACCGUCCUCGUUUCGACAGACCAACUUAGCUCACCUGGAUACGGAAGUACUCUUCGGUUCUAGCUUCGGCGGCGCAGACGGCGGCGGCGCCUGGGGUGAUCCCACGGAGUAUCAUGGUCGAGAUGACGUGGCUCUUCGGUCUGCGACAUUAGUUGGUCAGCACGAUCGCCUGCCGUCGGCGCACAAUCAGCAGUCCACUAGCGAGCCCAUUCUCUCCGUCUCCGCCGGACGAUCCCACCCGGAAACCGCCCCCAUCGCACGGACACGCUCCGCCGCCGCAGCAGCAGCAGCAGCAGCGGCGAAAGGGAAGCCCCCCCUCGGGGUUUCUCAGGCGACUCGAAGAGGACAGUUAAGUAGUACCAUGGAGGUUGAACGGGUGGCAGAACUCCAUGGAUCGGCGGGACGGGAUUGGCUGUUGGGCUCCCGAAGCUUCGGCGACAGCGUGGGAGGCGAUUGGACAGGCGGCACGGGCACAUUAAUAGCGCGUAGCAGCAGCAUGGUGUUCCAUAGUGGCGCCGCCGAUGCAGCCGGCGCCACCGCGAUCGACGGUGGUUCUGUGAUGCCUCCCCCCCAGCUUCCCACAGCCGCCGCUAGGGCCGUCGCAACCGCCGCAGCUCUAGCGACAACCCCCAUCACUGAGACAGGCGGGGACAGGGCGAACCUUGAUCAUCAACAUUUUUUCGGGCCGCUUGUUCCUGCCGGGUUUGCCGCGGACGCAGACUACGGCGGCGCGAACACUACCGGGUCAUGGAGCAACAGCAGCAGCGGCGGCGAGAGCAUGAGCGGAAGCCCCAGCCGCACAGGCGGCGGGGACAACAUAGGCGGCGGCGCGAGCGGAGCAGGACUUCUUUCCGAUGCUCUGAGCACGCCGACGGAGUUAAUCGGCUGGGCCGCGGGUGGCGCUGGGGGCCCGCCGUCUCACCCGGGUGCCGCGGGGAGAGGAACGGCUGGCGGCGUGGCUUCGCGCGAGGGAGCGGGCGUGGGAGAAGGGCCGGAAUUAUCCGCAGCAGCAGCAGCAGCAGCCUCAGCGGGAGAAGCAGGAGCAGGAGCAUCUGCAGCGGGGGUUCAUAAUCGUGGGGGCCCAUCGACGGCGGCGCCACGUCGACGCAUACGAAAAGGGGCCAAGGGCAUGGUUAAGGGGCUGAAAGGCGGCCCGGAGAACAGCACGCACUCAUUCCGCGGGGUGCGGCAGCGCACGUGGGGGAAGUGGGUGGCGGAGAUUAGGGAGCCGCGCAGCCGGAAGCGCGUGUGGCUGGGCUCGUUCGAAACGGCCAGAGAGGCAGCGCUAGCGUACGACCGCGCCGCGAAGAUAUUCCACGGAUCCCGCGCCAGGUACAAUUUGCUAGUUGACUCCGACGCCGGCGGCGGAGGCGGUAAUGGCGGUGGUGGCGGCGGUGGCACCGGCGGUAGCACUCCGUCGCACGAGCAACUCCGAUUUGCCGUUGGCGGUGGGGGACCCGGCACCGUUGCUCACGGCGGUGCUCCGAGAGGCGUCGACGCCACUUCAGCCGCGAGAGCUACGGCGGAAACGGGCGGAGUCGGAGCGCGUCUCGCCAGCGCCAUCCCCGCUCAGCCCGGCGGCCCCGCCGGCUCGGCGACAGGUGGUGCGGCGGCGGGUGCGGCGGCGUCAUCCUUCCGCCUUCCGUGCGGGAGCUCAAGCGCGGGGCUCGAAGUCGCAAGCGCAAGCGCGCUAGAGGCUUGGGAGAGUCUGCGCGGCUUGUCGACCGUCGGAUCUGGCGGAUCUAGCACAGGGACGAUACUAAUGAACGGGGGUGGUUUCGCGUCGGCGGCGGCAGCGGCGGUGGCUGCUGCGAGUGACCCUAAUUUGGCGGGGAUGAUUGGGCUGCUACGGGCGAUCGCUAGUAGCACCGCGACUAGCGCGAGCGGCGGAAUGCUCUUAACUGAUCAUUCUGCUGCGGCGACGGCUGGGGAUGCGGUGAUGGCGGGGAACUGGCCCGCAGGAGCGUCGCGGACUGCCCAGGCGGACGGCGGAAGAGUUGUGCCGGGCGGGGGAUUUGCUGGGGAUGACAGAUUGGAGGACGCGCUAAGGGCGGGGCUGGGGGAAGGUUUGGCGGGGAUGGCGGGGGGCGGCAGUGAGAGGCAGUUUGGCGGGUCAGAUAUGGAUGGGGUGAUGCAUGUGCUGGAGCAGCAUCACCAACAGCACCACCAUGCACCUACGAAUGGGCAUGGGCAUAGGCAUGGGCACACGCAUCAACAUCCACAUGGGCAGCGGCAUGGGCAUGGUGUGGAAAGCCUAACGGGCAUAAACUCGCUGCCUAGCGUCAUGUCAGCCUCAUCCACCACCUCUCCGCAGGGCACCCACACCCGUUGCCGCCCUGCCUUUGCCGCCCUACUUCCUGCCGCCGCCGCCGCUGCUGCUACUGCUGCUGCCCUUCCCUCCGUUGCUAUUGCUGCGUCCUCGCACCUCCAUGCGACUGCUCCUCCUGCUGCUGCUGGUGCUGACGGCGAUGCUGGCGCUGGUGCUGCGGGAGACAGGAGAGGAGGGGGAGUGUCACUGGCGCUGCAGUCCAACGCGCUUCAGCUGCUGCUGCUGCAGUCAGCCAUGGGCGUACGUCCCUCCCUGCCAGCGUCGCUGCCUCCUGCUGUCGCAGCAGCCGUGUCUGCAGCAGCAGCAGCAGCGGCAGCAGCGGUGACGGCUGGCGGCUCGCCCCUUUCUCGGAGCAACCAAUCGGUUGCCCCGCUCAAGGGGGGGCUGCAGACAGAAGGCUUUGCUGGCAUGUCCUUGAACCCUGCGCAAAACCCCGGCGGCCUCCUCUCGUCCUCGACCUCCUGGCCCUCGCAUCUUCUCCAGACUCUACAUGCAUCAGCGAUCCUCCAGCAGGCUCAGCAACACAGCAGCACGGCUGCACAGCAUCUGCCCUCGUUCGUCUCACCACACUCCAACCUCUCCACACAGCACCAGCUGAGCAUGACAGAGCAGCAGCAGCAGCUGUUGCUCCUGCCCUUGAUCACGCAGCAGCUGGCCAAUAUGAACCGAGCAGGAGGCAACGACAGCAACACCUUGGCACAACUAGCAGGCCUAUCCCCGCCCUCCGUGCCCUCUUCUGCAGCUGUUUCGGCUGCCUCUCACCCUGUUAGCGGCGCUCAACUCUCGUCCGGAAUGAUGGGCCUGCAUGAGCUGACGAAUACUGUGGCUCAUGAUGGGAAUUUCGACCUCAGCAAUGCCCUUCUGACCCGUGGAUUCGCAAGUUCUGGCAGUGGUGCCGGUACUGCACUUGGCACUGCAGUCGGCGCUGCUGCUGCUGGUGAUGGCAAUGCUGGUGCUGGUGCUGGUGCUGGUGCUGGUGCUGGUGGCCUUGGCAGCAGUGGAAGGGACUUCUCAGCAGCACUUCCAUACGCAGGAGCAGAGGGUGCAUUUGGGCAGGGCAGGAGAGCACCAGGAGGAGCAGGCCCCAUGCAUGACGCAGCAGCUUUUUCAGCAGGGCAGGGAAAUUUCAGGGCAGGUGAUCUCUCCCUGCACGAUGCUGCCAUGCUGCAAGCCCUGUACGAGCCAGUGCCCCAGGUGGCGGGUGACUAUCUCCGGCCCAGCCCCACCCCUCUGCCCUCUUUCGAUUGGAACAUUGCUGCCGCGCUGCUGCAGGCUGCUGCUGUUCCGCCGCACCCACACUCACUGCAACAGGAGGAACGGACCACAGGUGCACUGGGAAGUGCAGGGGAGCACAUCUCGUCUACUGCCAUUGCAGAGGCGGGUGCUCUGGGAAACUGUCCUCCCACGGUCUCUCCUUCCCUCUGGGCUGCUGCAAGCGGAUUCGUCACACCAGAAAGUGCCAUAGCUGGCUCUUUAGAGGCGCAUGCAGCAUCCAUGGUCGAGAACCAUCCACCUUUGCCAACCGCAGCUGGCCCAGACUUCAACGCGUCACAUUCAAUGGACACUUCACCUGCCACAGACUCUCAAGUGGAUCUCGUGGGUCAUCUCCUUGUUCCUGACCGUGUUGCUGCUACAGCCCAAUUGCCGCCUGGAAAUGUGGCUCCCACUGCCGCUUCUUCUGGCAAUUUGGGCAUACAUAUAGGGGAUGUUCCCUUGGGUUAUGCAGCCAGGGGGCAGCUACUGGAGCAAGGCGACGAAGGGUUCAAUAUCUGGCCUCUCACGAAGCCAUCCACGCAAAGAAACGACAGUUCGGCUGCCCAGGCAAAUGUCGCCCUCAGGAAUCUAGCCUGCAGCAACCAGGAUGAUGACCCCAGCAUGCUUUUUUCCCAAUGAUUAAUGGGCCGUUCAAGUUUUUUGGUCAAUCACAUUAUCUGUUGAUUAGAGGCGCUUAGCACCACUUAUUUGUCUUAAGAUAUCCUGUAGUUGCAUUCAUUGUAAUGCUAGGUCACUUUUUGUUGUGAAUAUGGUUGAGAA